AUGGCAGCCGGUUUGGACUCUACGCGAAGCUCACUGAUAUGGGCACUGGUUUCCGAAGUUCAGGCUUAUUUUUUCCGCCUCUUUCUCCUCUGCAACGUUAUCACGCUUGUGUGCAAAGUGAACUUGUAUAACCAUGGGGGACUGGUGCUUUAUUUCUAUUGAAAGACUAAGCGGCGCAUUUUUUUCGUUGUAAAGACUCUCUCAGCUUGGAAAUUGCCCACUCUGUGGAGUCAACGCAGAUCUUAAAGCAAGCACUUAAUGAUGAACAUAAGUAUUUCUUUUUCUUCUUAUGCGUUAUAUAUACAUACAACCUCUGCGAUUCUGCUCUUCUUCCACUUCUUCUGAAAAGAGGCACCAUGACAUGACAUGACACAUUGUUCUAACACUCAAUCCUACCUUUCACUUAUAAAUAACUUCAUGUUCUUCAUUCAGAAUUUCUUACUUUCAGGUAAGCCAUAGUCGUGCCUUAAACGAAGCUUUGCUGCUACUUGCUUGUCCUAUUGUGCAAGGGUUACGAUAUCACGCUACUCGUGUCGGGAAUAAAACCGAGAAUCUUCGCUACACGAUCGGUAGCAGCAUCUUGACCGCAUUGCAGACACUGAUACCCGCUUAUUUCUUCCGACAUAGCAUCUUUUAUGGCAGGCAGGAAGAAGAACCAAAUAAGACAUUUUGGCUGCUAGAUGGCCUGAAGGAUCAUUAGCGUUUCUCUCCAGAUCGAUGGACAUUAAAAGAUGUCUAACUUCGAGUAGUUAAAAAGGCCCAACGACCACACCCCCUCUAAGUUUCCGUCCUCAAUCUGGACACUUACAUAAAUGGAACGGCCUAUUUUCUCCUAGUUUCGGAGCUAUUCCUUGCGGUCACUAGCUCUUUGUUUUUCGCUGAUUUGAGAUCAGAAGUCACCCAGCUUGCACUCGGAAUGGCACCAGUAGCAGGCCUUGCGGCUGCAUCGCUGGUCAUGAUGCUUGGUUAGUGGGGAAGGCGGAGUUGUUCUGCACUUCUAUUUGCUGGCGCAGACCUUGGUUAGUGGGGAAGGCGGAGUUGUUCUGCACAUGCACUUUUCAACCGAGGCAUGUCCCAUUUUAUUGAAUGGGAGGAACUUCUAUGAACAGCAACAGUUCAGUUUAUUUCCUACAGAACUUCUUGAGAGUGCGCAUAGCGGGUUCUCCAGGUAGUGCCUCAGUGGACGCGCGCUUAUUACCCUAAAUGCACGUUUUUUCUGAUGCAUGCCGAAGGUAGAGAGAUCGGAGGGACCGCGCGCAGGCGAGACCGCGAAAAGCAAAAAUGAGUUGCGCGGAUGAUAACGGAAUUCAAUUUCGCGGCUACUUGCGCUCAUAGCGUCUAGCUACGUGCGCUUGCAAAAUGACGAGUGGCCACGGACGAGUAGAGAGGAACAUACGACUAGAUGACCAAUGGUACUGAAUCCUUCGCUGUACAAUACCAGCAAAAUAACUAAAACUUUCUAUGUUGAAUAAUUGCAGUGCAACAACAUUGCUAUGUAGUAGGAAAACAAGGGAGGUGGAAACAUUGUUGCCAGCCUUGGCCUUGGCAUCGUAGUGUGUGUGCUCUACUGGGGAC